GCCGCCCGCCCCGCCUCACUCGCCCACCGCCGCUUUAACUGAACGCACGUGCGAUAAAACUGAAACCACAAACUUAAACCAAACUUCAGUCAUGGUUGUGAAAAUGGAAACUGUUGCCGCUCUGGACGUGUACCCCGCUAAAGCCGAGUACGACUGCUCUCGCAGACAGAAGGCUCGGAAGACGCUGCCGGCGCUGGUGGAGGACGACUCGGAGCCUGAAUACGAGGAGGAGCAGCCCCGCAGCCCGCUCAUGAUGAGGGCCGACCAGCUGAGGAGACAGCACUCGGUGUCCCCGCCGAGGAGACAGCGAGCCAACCGCCUGGUCCUGCCCUCGCUCUCCGAGGAUGAAGAGCCGUGAUCACCCACCAGCCUCUCUGGAAGAGUCUCCGCCCCGCGCGCCCCCCGCGCCCCGCCGCACCUGUGCAGUGUCAGUGAAGUCUAGUGCAGUUAUGACAUGACUCACCAGGCAAAUGUCAAUCUAUCCGGCCUGGCCUCAAUUUGUGCUAAAUGUUAGUUUAAUUGUAAACGUUGCAUCACCGAUGAGAGUGACUUGUGAUAGCAAUGUAAGUAAGCUUUCAAGAUUAUCUUACAUGUAUGUGAUAAGAUGUGAUAUGUAUGACUGAUCGGUAGAGUGCAUUGUUUGCACAUCUGAAAAAAUGGAUAUGCUGUAAAAAACUGAAUUGUUUGGAAUUAUGAAUAAGAAACUCAAGGUUCUUUAAGAUAAUAAAUGCAAUUAUAUUAUAA